AUGCGCGAGCUCGUGCACGUCCAGGGUGGCCAGUGCGGCAACCAGAUCGGUGCCAAGUUCUGGGAGGUCAUCGCCGACGAGCACGGCAUUGACCCCACAGGCACCUACCACGGUGACUCCGACCUGCAGCUGGAGCGUAUCAAUGUGUACUUCAACGAGGCUACCGGCGGACGCUAUGUUCCUCGCGCGGUCCUAAUGGACCUUGAGCCAGGAACCAUGGACUCCGUCCGUGCCGGGCCUUUCGGACAGCUCUUCCGUCCCGACAACUUCGUCUUUGGACAGACAGGAGCCGGCAACAACUGGGCCAAGGGCCACUACACUGAAGGUGCAGAGCUCAUUGACUCGGUGCUCGACGUUGUGCGAAAGGAGGCGGAAGGCUGCGACUGCCUCCAGGGCUUUCAGCUCUGCCACUCGCUCGGUGGCGGCACCGGUGCCGGCAUGGGAACGCUGCUCAUCUCCAAGGUGCGAGCUGUGCAAGAGUACCCGGACCGCAUCAUGGAGACCUUCUCGGUGAUCCCGUCGCCCAAGGUCUCCGACACGGUGGUGGAGCCGUACAAUGCCGUCUUGAGCUUUCACCAGCUCGUGGAGAACUCCGAUGAGUCCUUCCUGCUGGACAACGAAGCGCUCUACGACAUUUGCUUCCGAACGCUGAAGCUGACGACGCCAACCUACGGCGAUUUGAACCACCUGGUCUCUGCGGCCAUGAGCGGCGUGACCUGCUGCCUGCGCUUCCCGGGACAGCUGAACUGUGACUUGCGAAAGAUCGCAGUCAACCUGGUACCUUUCCCACGCUUGCACUUCUUCAUGACGGGCUUCGCACCACUGACCUCCCGCGGGUCGCAGCAGUACCGAGCCCUGACCGUGCCCGAGCUGACCCAGCAAAUGUUCGAUGCCAAGAACAUGAUGUGCGCUGCAGACCCCCGCCACGGCCGCUACCUGACCGCGGCAGCCCUCUUCCGUGGCCGCAUGUCCACGAAGGAGGUGGAUGAGCAGAUGCUCAACGUCCAAAACAAGAACUCCUCCUACUUCGUGGAGUGGAUCCCCAACAACAUCAAGGCCUCCGUGUGCGAUAUCCCUCCGAAAGGUCUCAAGAUGGCCGUCGCCUUUGCGGGAAACUCCACCGCCAUCCAGGAGAUGUUCAAGAGGGUGGCUGAGUACUUCACGGCCAUGUUCCGGCGCAAGGCUUUCCUGCACUGGUACACUGGCGAAGGCAUGGACGAGAUGGAGUUCACUGAGGCGGAGUCGAACAUGAACGACCUGGUGUCGGAGUAUCAGCAGUACCAGGAUGCCACCGCCGAGGAGGAAGGUGAGUUUGACGAGGAGGAGGGCGAGUAUGAUGGAUAA